GAGGAGGCCCUCCUCUCGGAGAUGGACGUCACGGGCCAGGCCUUCGAGGAUGUGCAGGAGCAGAACAUCCGGUUGAUGCAGCAGCUGCGGGAGAAGGACGACGCCAACUUCAAGCUGAUGUCCGAGCGGAUCAAGUCCAACCAGAUCCACAAGCUGCUGAAGGAGGAGAAGGAGGAGCUCAUCGACCAAGUGGACACUCUCCGGACCCAGGUCGAUGCCCAGCUGCAAGUGGUGAAGAAGCUGGAGGGCACCGAGCAGCUGCUUCAGAGCAACCUGGCCACGAUGGAGAAGGAGCUCGCCCUGCGCUCCCAGACCGUUGAGCUGCACAAACGCAAGGCUGUGGAGGCGGCCCAGGUUGCAGAGGAACUGAAAGUUCAGCUGGAGGCCGUUCAGUCCCGGUUGGCUGACGUUCAGGAUGAAAUUAUCGAAAGCAGCGUCGCCAGAGAGAAGGAUGCCUUUAACUACAACAGAGCGCAGGAGGACAUUUCGAAACUGCGUCGGAAAGUGGAGCGUCAGAAGAAGCCGGAUUUGUACACCAACUGUGACGAGAUCCUGAUGGAGGAGAUCAAAGAUUACAAGUCGAAGCUGACGUGCCCGUGCUGUAACGCGCGCAAGAAAGACGCCGUGCUGACCAAGUGUUUCCACGUCUUCUGCUCCGAGUGCGUGAAGACCCGUUACGACACCCGCCAACGCAAAUGCCCGAAAUGUAACGCGCCGUUCGGGGCCAACGACUUCCAUCGAAUCUACAUCGGCUGAGAAGGAGGGAGAGAUGGUGGUUCCUCAUGGCGUACCCUCCCCGUCCCGCGCACCUGCCCGCGUUCUCCCUCCCCGUCCCGCGCACCUGCUCGCGUACCCUUCCCCGUCCCGCGCACCUGCUCGCGUACCCUCCCCCCGUCCCGCGCACCUGCCCGCGUUCUCCCUCCCCUGUCCCGCGCACCAGCUCGCGUUCUCCCUCCCCGUCCCGCGCACCUGCUCGCGUACCCUCCCCCGUCCCGCGCACCUGCUCGCGUACCCUCCCCCCGUCCCGCGCAACUGCCCGCGUUCUCCCUCCCCUGUCCCGCGCACCAGCUCGCGUUCUCCCUCCCUGUCAUGUGCAUGUGCUCACGUUCUCCCUCCCCGUCCCGUGCACCAGCUCGCUUACUUUCUCCCCGUCCCGCGCACCAGCCCGCGUUCUCCCUCCCCUGUCCCGCGCACCAGCUCGCGUUCUCCCUCCCCGUCCCGCGCACCUGCUCGCGUACCCUCCCCCG